GCAGCGCCGCCGUUAACCGGCCCGGCGGGCGGGCGGGCGGCUGCGGGGGCGCCCGCCGGGGCUCUCCGCCCUCGCCUCCCCUGCCGCUGCCGUUCUCGCUACCCCGCGCUCGGCGGGCAUGGAGGUGCAGCUGGGGGUCGGGCGCGUCUACCCGCGGGCGGGGGGCAGGACCUUCCGCGGGGCCUUUCAGAGCUUCUUCCAGAGCGUCUGCGAGGCUUUCCAGGCGCCGCGGGAGGAGCAGGGCGGCAGCCAGCAGCAGCCGCCGGCGUGCUCGCCCUGCCCGCCGAGCCCCCGGCCGCCCCCGGGCUCGCCCCCUUGCCUGCCGGCCCCGGAGCCCCGCGGCGCCGGGAAGGCGCUGCCGGCGGGCGGCCCGGCCAUGGGCUCUCCCUUCGCCUGCGCCGGGGAGCUGCGGGAGCUGCUGUGCGAGGCGGGAGCGCUGCCGCUGCUGCCGCCGCCCGAGGCCGAACCGGCGCCCAAGGAGGACCCGCUGGGCGAGAGCGCCAAGCAGCUCUGCCGGGCCGUGUCCGCCUCCAUGGGGCUGGCGCUGGAGGCGCCGGAGGCUCCCGCCGAGCCCCUGCCCCGGGAGGACUGCAUGUUCGCGCUGCCCGCCGGGCCCCCCCGCGCCCCGCGCCCGGCCGCCGGGGACCCGCCGGAGCCGCCGCCCGCCCCGGCCGCCUUCGCGGGCACCGAGGCCGCCCUGGCCGUCGGCGCUCCCGCCGGGCCGGGGCUCUACCGCGGCUCGCCGGGGCCCGCGGCGCGGCAACCGCCGGGCUUCAGCCUGGCGCCGCCGCCCGCCCGCAUCAAGCUGGAGGGGCCGGCGGGGCCGGCGGCGGGCGGCGGCUGGGGGGCUCCGUGCCGCUACGGCGCCGAGCUGGCCCCGCCGGGCCCCGCGCCGCCCUGGCCCGCCUUCUUCGCCGAGGAGGGGCAGCUCUACGGGCCCUGCGCCGAGCCGCCCGCCGGGCCGCCGGGCUGCGGGCGGGGACCGGCCGCCGAGACCGUCGAGUUCCCCGCCGACGGCUGGUACCCGGCGGGCCGGGCGCCCUUCGCCGCCCCCGCCGCCUGUGUCAAGAGCGAGCUGGGGCCCUGGGCCGAGGGCUACGCCGGCGCCUACGGUGAUGUCCGGUUGGAGACUGGCCGUGAACAUGUCUUGCCUAUUGACUAUUACUUUCCACCUCAAAAGUCUUGCCUGAUCUGCGGAGAUGAAGCAUCUGGAUGCCACUAUGGAGCCCUCACUUGUGGCAGCUGCAAAGUCUUCUUCAAACGGGCAGCUGAAGGUAAACAGAAAUACCUCUGUGCCAGCCGGAAUGACUGCACCAUCGACAAGUACAGAAGGAAAAACUGCCCAUCCUGCCGCCUGCGGAAGUGCUAUGAAGCUGGGAUGACUCUCGGAGCUCGCAAACUGAAGAAACUGGGUAACCUGAAGACGCAAGAUGACGCAGAGGUAGCUAGCUCAUCCAGCCCCACAGAGGAGCAAGCUCCCAAGAUGGUGAUGACACGCAUUGAUGGGUAUGAGUGCCAGCCCAUCUUCCUCAAUGUCCUGGAGGCCAUUGAGCCCGGCGUGGUGUGUGCCGGCCACGACAACAGCCAGCCAGAUUCCUUCUCUAACCUGCUGACCAGCCUGAAUGAGCUUGGAGAGAGGCAGCUGGUCUACGUGGUCAAAUGGGCAAAAGCCUUGCCAGGAUUUCGCAAUCUGCAUGUGGAUGACCAGAUGUCAAUAAUCCAGUACUCUUGGAUGGGCCUUAUGGUUUUUGCUAUGGGUUGGAGAUCUUUCACCAAUGUAAAUUCCAGGAUGCUUUACUUCGCUCCAGAUUUGGUCUUCAAUGAGUACCGGAUGCACAAAUCCCGAAUGUACAGCCAGUGUGUCAGGAUGCGGCACCUCUCUCAGGAGUUCGGGUGGCUUCAGAUCACACCCCAGGAGUUUCUCUGUAUGAAGGCUCUACUCUUCUUCAGUAUUAUUCCAGUGGAUGGCCUGAAGAACCAGAAGCUCUUUGAUGAACUUCGGAUGAAUUACAUUAAGGAACUUGACCGUAUCAUUGCUUGCAAGAGGAAGAACCCUACCUCCUGCUCUCGGCGAUUUUACCAGCUCACCAAGGUCCUGGACUCCGUGCAUCCUAUUGCCAAGGAUCUGCAUCAGUUUACAUUUGACCUCUUAAUUAAGGCUCAUAUGGUGAGUGUGGACUACCCUGAAAUGAUGGCUGAGAUCAUCUCUGUGCAGGUUCCCAAGAUCCUGUCUGGAAAAGUCAAGCCUAUCUACUUCCACGCACAGUGAUCUUCCAGAGGGACCUCCCAGUUCUGUCACCCCCUUUUCAGCCAUCUCCUGCCUGUUAUUUCUGCACUACUGUACUGCAGUGCCUUGGGGAAUCCCCUCUACAGAGGCGGUGUGCCAAGAUGGACAGUUACAAACAACUACCUGCUGGGAUUCCUGAGAUUUCUCUUUUUCCUGAGGUACCUCUGAACUGACGUACCUGCCAUGGCUUCUGCCUAGAUUUGGCUGGCUUGCUGUGCUGGGACAGGGGACUGUGGCAUGGUGGCAGUGGCACCGUAUCUACGCUCUCUCGUUUGUGUGUUUUCUGCAGUGACUUUUAGUGGCCCAUGGCCAUGAGAGAUCAUGAGAAAUGCCAGCAGUUGUUCAGUAGUUUUUUUUUUUAAAAAAAAACAGAGCAAGACAAGAUGCUGGUUGAACCUAUAAUUCUGGGUGUGGGUUACUUUACUGGCCUCCUUUGAGACUUUUUAUUUGCAUUAUGGUGCUGGGAAGCAGAUGAAUUAAAAUAUUGCAGUAGAGAAACAGAGAUGAGUUGGGGGGACGAGACAAAUUUGCAGCCUGAUGAAUUUACGGGUCCUGCUGCUGGGUCAGAAAGCUGCCGCACAGCCGUUGAGGGGUCUGCUCCCGUCAGCACCCCCCCACCAUCACCCCUGGUCCCACAGCAUGCGAGUGUUCGUGUUAGCUGGUGGAGCAUUACAGGAUUGUCACCAGAAGCGCUGGAGAGGAGGAUGACCUUCGGAAAUCCCCCCAAAUGGCGGAUGGCUACUGUUUUCCACCUGGGAUGUCUCUCGUACGGCCGGUGAAGCUGGAUCUCAGCCUGCCCCGCAGACAGCCAGGUGCUCAGCAGCUACAUUCCCGUCCUUGGCAGCUGCUGCUCCUCCGACACAGCCGUACCCACCUCCACAAGUGCCUGACGCCCUCAGACCUCACGCUCUGCCCUCCUCCCACAGGCACCCUCCCGCCCAGCCCCUCAGCAGCUCUGCUCUGUGCCCGCAGACCCCAGGUUUCCAGCUACACAACUUAUUUUUCCAUUUGUCCCAACUAUUCUUUCUGAUGCCAGCAGAACCCUGGGAGCGAAGCAGCGGGGCUGGGAUCUGCAGGACCUGCGAGGCCACGGGGUUCUCGCUGUUAAUCCCGUCCUUUGGGAGACCCUCUGCCCUCCCGAGUGGUGCGCGUGGCUCCCGCUAAUUGCAGUGGUUGAUUGCAGCCCAGGCGCAGUGCCUGCCCCCAGCAGCCCCACGGAGCAUGGCGGUGGCACAGCCCGCACCCCGGCCGACGCAGCACAGGCUGCAGCUCUGCCGUGAGGAUGGAUAAACGGGCCCUGGCUAACAGGGGCUCCCGAGCCACGGCCAGCAAACAGCAUGGCCCCCAGCAGUCAGGAAUAUCUGAGAAAAGCAGGCUUGGUUUGUCAGGCGUAAGUGUUGGCUUGACUCUGUUUCACACCUCAAGUUGAGAAAGAAAUGCAGGCCCACUCAACACCUGUGUUCAGAUUUAUUUGAUGGGCUCCACUUUCCACAAAGUGGCCGAGCCUGUGCUCCCCGUGGUAUUUUAGUUCCCCCCUUCCCACACAGCCACGAGCCCACCAAAGCCACCCGGUCAGACCCGGCCAGGGAUGCCAGCGAGCACGGUGUGCGUACAAGCUCUUGCCAAGGUAAUGCUUCUCACCAGGGGCCGCGACACCAUCCGGCUUUACCCACACAGACAUCUACAAGGGGUCCUUCUGCUGGAGCAGGUGAACAGCAAGCCUGCGCCUUGCCACACGCGGUUCGUUGGCAGGUGGUGGCUUUGCUGCUGUGGUACGGAGCGGAGCUUGUGGCAGAGCUGUGCCCACCCAGGGCACUGUGCCCACUCAGAUCUGUGUGCCCACCCAGGGCACUGUAUCCACCCAGAUCUGUGUGCCCACCCAGAUCUGUGUGCCCACCCAGGGCGCUGUGCCCACCCAGAUCUCUGUGCCCGCCCAGGGCACUGUGCCCACCCAGAACUGUGUGCCCACCCAGGGCACUGUAUCCACCCAGAUCUGUGUGCCCACCCAGGGCACUGUGCCCACCCAGAUCUGUGUGCCCACCCAGAUCUGUGUGCCCACCCAGGGCACUGUAUCCACCCAGAUCUGUGUGCCCACCCAGGGCACUGUGCCCACCCAGAACUGUGUGCCCACCCAGGGCACUGUAUCCACCCAGAUCUGUGUGCCCACCCAGGGCACUGUAUCCACCCAGAUCUGUGUGCCCACCCAGGGCGCUGUGCCCACCCAGAUCUGUGUGCCCACCCAGGGCACUGUGCCCACCCAGAUCUCUGUGCCCGCCCACAGGGCGCUGUGCCCACUCAGGGUGCUGUGCCCACCCAGGGCACUGGUGUGGCCUCUGGCACAGAGACACCACAAGCACAAAGCAGAUGCUGGAGUCUGGAGAGCUGAGCCUGAUCAGACACAUGCGUCACAUCACACUGUGUUCCCCCUGAAUAAUACCAGCGACUCGUGCCUGUCAGAUGUCUUUAGAAGUGAAGGGAAUUAGGUUUAGGCCAGUUGAUUGCCAUGUGCGUGUCACGGAGGAAGGCGUGCUAAUGCUGCUGCUAAUGAGCUGAGCCUCACCGUAAGCUCAUCAGGCAAAUGGCCUUAUGGUACGAUUGGGUUCUUUGCCAACUCUCAGUAAAACAAACACUUAAUUUCUUGAUACUUUUCAGUCAUGCUAUGGGAUUUUCAUUAAGGGAAGGAGUAGGGAAAAAACCCAAAACUAUCAAAGGGGGAGAUCUUUCUUUACAGUUGUUUUUGAUGAGUUUUCCUCCCCUGCUACAUUCGGCUCUGAUCAUGCUGUUCCUCCUGAAAUCCCCUCAUGGAGGUGGCAACAGAAUCCGUAGACAUCCUUCCUGAAUGCCAGCCAACAGGAUGGUGUUCUCAGUAGCUUUUCCUAUUUUAGAGGGCUGCAAGCAUUUUAAGUGUUGAUAUGAUCUACUAGUAUUUGCAAAUUAACCAGCAAAGAAGUCCUGCUGGUGCAUUCCUCUCUUCUUGACCAUUUUCUGGCUAUUAGCAGAAGAGUACAAUGGCCUGGGCGGGUAAUGCCCUGUUCUCUGUCAUCAACAGGAGGAUGUUUAUGAGCAAGCUGAAUAGCUUCCUUGGAGAGCUUUGUAUUUUGCACAAGCUCAUGUCAGUAAAGUUUUUAUUAGUUAAUGAGUGUGGAGGUAUCCUGCUGGGUACUUUUCUGCUGGGAGAUUGAGAAGAAAUCAAACUUAAUAGGGAUUUGCAUACACUGAUUUGCUUCUGGAAGCAUAGUGCAAAUGAAAAAUGGUUUAGAAGGGGAUAUUACCUGUGUGUCAUCUGCCAGAUGUGUGCCACUCACGUGUAUGUUGCCUUUCCAAUGGCGUAUCCUUCCAGAAGGGACUAGGAGCUUGUGUGAAGUACCCCCAGCCAACAAGCCCCCCGAGUCCCUCUGCACAUGAGUGGGGCAGUGGGGUUAUGGUCACUGUCUUUUCCACCUCAAAGUAAACUUCUGCGACUUUUUAAUUCAUAAUUUGACUUUUUAUGUUGUUAUUAGAGGGAUGAGUGGAGGAUGGGGGUUCACCAGCACCUGUGUGUGUUUUUGCUGGGGAGGAGUUAACACUGUUUCCUUGUUUAUUUUCAUGGGCUGCUGCAGGAACUGGGGAAAAAAAGAGGCUUAAGAAAUACCAAAGUCCAGGUCCUGACAUAUAUCUUUGUACUUUGUGUUUUCUUCUGCGUUUUCUUGUCCACGUCUGCUUUAAUAAAGCAAAGAGAAUGUCACCAUUUUCACAGUCAUGUAGAAGCUGUCCCUGAGGCUUCCUUCGGGACGGCCAAGCCCCAGGAGAGGGGACACCCUUGGUGUCGCUGACUCGCGGUGCCAGGGAGCAGACCACUUCCACGUCCCCUGUGGUCUCGCUGGCUCUUCUCUGGGUUAUCUAGGAAGUGGGUGGGCUUUUGUGCUGACUUAAUCUGGGUCACAGCUCAGACCGUCAGCUCCUGCCCAAGGCAGCACAUGGGAAACAAGCUACAUGUGCAUUGGUGUCAGCCUGGGAGGCAGCGUUUUUGCACAGAAGGGUGCAAUCUUGUGAGAUGAAGGGUGCAAGAUGAGGUUGCUUUUAGUUAGCGCAGAAGGAACCCUUAAUCCUACGUGAUGCCAGAAGAAGUGAGCCAGAUGGUGCAGCGCAGGUGUGUGCCCAAGCAGGCAGCGUUCCUGGGCCAGUGGCCACAGACCUUCCAUCGCCCACCUUCCCCCAGCAGGCGCCAGCCAGCCCCGGCCACCAUCACCAGGGAGCUCCACUUAGCAAGGGCGAGAGCUACUCCGCUUGGCGAGACUGUGUGAAUGGUUCUGGAGAGCCUGGCAGCAUCUGAGCACUGUUCCCGUAGAAGUCAAAAGGCCCUUUGCGCUUUGCUUCAGGAAAACCGGAGUUUGAGCCACGGGCACCGCACACGGCGCGCGGCGAGGCCGGUACCAAGUGAGCCAGCCCUGCGGAGGGCGGGCGGCCCGCUCGCCGCCCGUACCACCAGCGCUGGUUUCACACUUGCUGUGGCCUGUGCAGUGCUGGUGGGCUCGCUGCCGUGGUCCGCAGGGAUGCUGAGGUGGUACCUGAGGUGUCGCCGGCAGCACCACUGGAAGAGCUGGCCUCCCUCGCUGAGUCACUUGCCAACACAGGCUGUCCCUGCAGCUCCCUGCUACGUGUGGCUGUUGCUCCACUUACUGAUCUCUCUCCGUAGAUGUUUCAAUAACAUAUGUUAAACAUGUAUAUAGUUAUGUACAAAAUUUAAAAGGCAUGCCCCAAUUUAUAUUGCUAAAGAUACCUAUUUAAUGCUCUAAGAGAGUUUCUUUUCUGAUUGCACACUGAUUGCAACUAAAUAUUCCUUGGGAGAUGAGUCAGUAUGUGCCAAUAUUAACGGACACUUUUGAUUUAAUAAUUUUUUCUGGUUAGGUACUUUCCAAUUUUCAAAGGUCCGUUCUUUCAUGGCAUGAAUGAAGCAUACGCUGACACAGUCUGGUGUCAGGAUCUGCUUCUCCAGCUUUCUUGUAGCUGCUUCUGGUUAGACGGGGAUAGUAUUUGCACUUGGGGGGGAUGACAGAGUGUCCUUUAUUUCUGCCCUCUUUGACUGCACAAAGUGUCCUUGCACUUUAGGGCAGAACCCUGGAAUUACAGCGUGGUAGCUGUUUUCUAACUGUUUCAAAGCAGACUUUUAGAGGCACAGCAAUCCCUUCUUGUACCGUAUUGACUGGCCGAGUCACGCUCUGCCCUGUCACGUCCCGGUGCCCCCUCUCAAAUGACGGAGUACCUGGAAGCUGGCAGCUGCGUGGGGUGCCGGUGGGGUGGGGGCACAGGCAGCGGGUGCUGGCGCCGGUGGGGCUGGCACUGGGGCAGCGGGGAUGGAAAUCUGCUGCAGGUCUGGGCAUGGCCCGGCAGCCCCGCCACAGGCGGGGGUCUCCAGCCUGUUUGGGGGGGGGACGGCGUGGGAUGGGGGGAGAGUGGCCUGGGCUGCAGCCCCCCCAGCGCCCACCCACGACCGCUCACCUGGAGGGACUUUUGCUCUGUUCCCUUUUAAAAUGGCAGGGGAACCUGCACUUGUGACUCAAAAAGUAAAUAUCUGCACCACACGUAAGACCACAGCAAAUUUAUAAUAAGCUGCUCUCUGUGCCGGGUAUUUUGUGUUCUGUGGCAAUUUAAUGCUGUUUUUAUUUGUUAACAUGUCUCUGUAAUAAAAAGAGUUCUCUAUAUUGAUAUAUUUUAUUUUCUUUGUAAUAAGCCAAAAAGCUCAUUGCUGGUGCCUUUUUGCCUGUGGAAGACUCCCAGCCCACAGAUAUAUUCAUGAAAGUAACAAUGCAUAAUGUCUCUGCGAUUGCUUGUUUCACCACAGCUGAGUAAAGUCAUAAAGCAAACACUGCAGGAUGACCAAAGGAAAAAGAACAAGUAUCUUACAGACUGGACAGAAAGACUUUCAGGUACAAUAAUGUGGUUAUUUCCCUAGGCCUGGUUCCAAGGCGAGGGCCAAGCUUUCAACUUCUUGCGCAUGACAUGGGAAAAUCCUUUGCCCUGUCUCGGUGGGACUUUGCUGCUGUGUUGAGAACCUUUAUCCUCUGCAAGAUGUACAAUGAGGUCAAAGCAUACACAUAUAAUUUUAUUAUGGUUGCAAUUGUGUUACGGUUGCAAUGCUAUAGGCUUUUUCAGUCACCUUUCAGAAAUGGCAGCAUUUUCCCUGAAUUAAUAACACCUGAGGCCAAAUUCUGCUUCUAGAGAAGGACAUUAGUUGGUUUGUUGGCACUGCUCCUUUUUUUUUUUUUUUUUUUUUUUUUUCCGAAUUGGAAUUGAAUACACUGAGUAAGGAAAAUAGAGACCUACAAUGUUGUGACGCCGUCAAGACUGGAGAGCAGUGACAUCCGCUGCCUUGGCCAGCGAGAAGCAGUGGAAGAUGAACACGAGAUAUCCAUGACUCAGAAGUCACAAUAUGGGACUGAGGGACGUUUAUUCUCGUAAACAAAGAGAAGCCUGUCUGACAUCUGGGAUAAAGACAAAAUCAAUGACACUACACUAGGGGAAAUUAAAAUACUCACUUUUUGACUGUUUUCGUCCAUGCUUGUGUCCCAUGCAAGACCUCAGCUUGUGCUGUGCCACAGGGCAGACCUUCACGCUUGGUGUUCAGCUCUUUUUUGUAAUCUUAAAACCUGUUGUUGUUCUAAGUACAAUAAAGGCAGAAUCUUGUUUGUUGGAACGCUGCUCUAGGCGUGUAAUUGGCUUUUGUUUCAGUUAUGUGCAUGAAAAAUGUUAUCCAGUGUGAUGAAUAUUAGCUAUUGACGAUGCCAGGAAUAAGUGGGUCGUUUUUCAGUGGAUGAGGCUGUAUGUUGGGUCAUUCAUAGGCUAUUUUCCACAGUCAGAUUUUGCUAUUAAUCAAAUGUCUGAACUGUUAAUUCAUUUAGGCAUCAAUUGACUAAUCCUUUCAUAUAUGCCUCUCUGGGUCUUUUAAAUUGAAUUUCAUUUGAUUAAUGUAUUUCUCAAAGCAAGGAGCUAAUAAAGGCCAGUGUCCUCCUCUC